AAUUGAUUAAUUGAAUUGUACUAUUUGAUUUUAGGGAGAAAAAAAAAGAAGCCUCGCCCUCCCCUCCGUACAAGAGACACUUCGUCAAAGAACCCUAGCACAGCUCCGUGCGAUUUUUCCCCAAUUGUUUCUGGGAAACCUCUUUGAAUUCACCGCCUUCACCACGUUAUUCGCGUCCAUUCGGUGAUAAUGGAUAACCCUUUCAAUCGCACCUAUGAGAAACCCUGUGGUGAAAGCAGAAUGAAAAUCCGAUCAGUAUUCGACGGCGUUGAGUUGAGAACUGAAUUCCAAAAAAUUGGCAUCGAUUCAAAGUUCGUACCAAUCAUAUGGAAGCAUCUCUUUCUAACUCUCCGAAGUUCUAACGAUUGGGAUGAUGAUGAUGAAUGGGAGAAACACAUUCCUUUUUUGCCAUCUUCAGCCUAUUCAUUCCUCCGUUCCAACUUCAAAACCCCUCUCUCUUCUACUCUCCACUCCGUUUUCCACUCUUCCGAUAACCUCACUUCCAAGCUCCUCAUCAAACUCCAGAAUGGUUCUUUUGUGGAAGCUGUCAUUAUGAGAUAUGAUACUCGUUUGGGUAAAUACGCCGGUAAACCCCGUCCCGGUGGUCUCAGAGCUACUUUGUGUAUUUCUUCUCAGGUUGGAUGCAAAAUGGGUUGCAAAUUCUGUGCAACUGGAAGUAUGGGAUUCAAAAGUAAUUUAUCCUCCGGAGAAAUUGUCGAACAAUUGGUUCAUGCAUCUACUUUUGCACAAAUCCGUAAUGUUGUCUUCAUGGGAAUGGGAGAGCCUCUCAACAACUACUCUGCUGUCGUAGAAUCUAUUCGUAUCAUGACUGGGUCGCCAUUUCAAUUGUCAUUAAAAAGGAUUACUGUCUCAACGGUUGGCAUCAUUCAUGCUAUCAACAAGCUUCAUAAUGAUGUGCCUGGUUUGAAUUUGGCUGUCUCACUACAUGCACCGGCCCAAGACAUCCGUUGCCAGAUAAUGCCUGCUGCCCGUGCUUUCCCUUUGGAAAAACUUAUGGAUUCAUUGCAAGAAUAUAAAAGGAAAAGUCUGCAGAAAAUAUUAAUUGAAUACAUAAUGCUUGAUGGUGUGAAUGAUGAAGAGCAGCAUGCCCACCUAUUAGGAAAACUGCUGGAGACAUUUGAAGUGGUAGUGAACUUAAUACCUUUCAACUCUAUUGGUACAUUGAGUCAAUUCAAAUCUACUAGUGAGCAGAAAGUGUCUAAUUUUCAGAAAAUUUUACGGGGUACCUAUAAUAUACGAACAAAAGUCCGGAAGCAAAUGGGUGAGGACAUAAGUGGUGCGUGCGGACAAUUGGGUGACCUUUGCAGAUACGUGAUUGCAAACGAUGAAUUCGAGAAUUCCGGAUCUGAAUCCGAGAAUUCCGAGAAUUCCGAACCUGAAUCCGAGAAUUCAGAACCUGAAUCCGAAAAUUCCUCUGAAACCUUAUCUGAGAACGAGAAUUUCGCUGAAAUCAUAUGUGAUACAUACUUCGCACCCAACAAAGCUAAGGAUACACAUCUAGUGCAGACCGAUUUUCUUGAUGUUAUUUUGACUUUGCUUUGGUUUGCUUCACCUUCCGAUGAACGCCCGAAUCAUUCCUUUCAAAGGAUGCUUCGGUGUCUACGUUAUUUGCCUGUUGAUUAUCUUGCUGAUGAAGCAAUGGAUCAGCUUACUGAGGAGGAUUUAGACCUCAUCCUUGUUUCGAUUUCGGGAAUUGAAGAUUCCACCAUUGAGCUUAAGGCAAAUGCGAUGAAAUUCUAUCAGCGUGCUAAGUUGAGGGUUAAGCAACAAGACCCUUAUUACCCCAAUGCUCAUGAUCCUUCUUUGAUGACGGAGAUGUUGGAGAAGAUUAUUUGUAGAUUGGAUGAUUAUUAUUCUCACCAGAAGGAGAAGCGCAAGUUAAACCUUACAAAGGAGAGGGAUGAAUUGGCAGCAGCAGUGAAGAAGCUGAGUCAUGACUUUGCAAAGGUUGAAGUGGAAGUUGAGAGACCUGGCCAGCUUAAAGCAAGCGGGAUGAAGGAAAUUGAUUUCAAGAAGCAAGCAGAAGUAGAAACCAUAGAUACUAGAACCUGUGACCAAGCCGUUCCAAAGGCAUACACUGAGAUGGAUGAUGAUGAAAGUGGCUAUACAACACAUCAUUCAUACAGUGGCUCUUCAGAUGUUGGUAAAACAAUUGAUGAAGAAGGUCAAACACACAAUAUUGCUGGAAUUCUGUUUUUUCGUCAAGCCAGGAGUUGCCUUUCAUAUGAGCAAUACAGUGCAUUUCUUGCUACCAUAAAGAAAUUCGUUGCUAAGAAACAAACAAGAGAGCUAUCUCUGUACACAAGUGAUAUUCUUGAAGAUAUGAGCAUUAUGUUGCAAAACCUCCUUCUACUUAAAAACGAAAACGUAUAUCCGACAGAAGAAAAUCUUAAAGCAAUUUGGAAAGGGUCAGACACGACGUUUUCGGAAACCUUACGCUUGGGGCAAUUAUUUGGUAAAGUUUGCAAAGGUCGUGGACUUCAACAAAGGAAAACUGUUUAUCGUCUAUCUUUGCAUCCACUAUGGUACUGUGUGGAUCCUAGUAUCGGUAAUGUUCAGAAUCUCUCCAAAGCCUUAUUACAAGGCUUAUCUUUUGCCCUUCUGAACAACGAAAAGCUGAUAAAAGAGAUUGAGAAGUCUACAUCCGAAUACUCUUGUGCUGCUUGUUUACGUGAUCACUGCAUCUUUCUUAAAGACUAUACUAUUGGCGAUUGCUUAGUUUUACGACGCCUUUUAGUGGAAGAUUUGAAAUGGUUGGAGCUAUAUUAUGAUCUUAGCUUGGUGCAUUUUAUUAAUAAGGCUACUAUUCAAAGCUAUGUGUUUGACCACCAGGUAUUUUAAUAGGUGAUAUUGUAGAUUUGAACUCAUGUUUCGCACAUUUCCACUGCCUUUUACAAUCUUAUCAGCACUUGCAGAACAAAUUUUGAGUUCUUCUGUUCUGAUAUUUGGAGUUAUUUAAUUAGUAACAUUGAAAAUGGUAAUAAGGGU